AUGAAGGGUCCCAGGAGUUUUGGUCAGCUCUUGACCGCCGCAGUUGCCCUUUCUUCCACAGUAUCGGCAUGGCCCGGCUGGCUUCCAGAGAUUGACGCUCUCGUCGUACGGCAGGAUGACGCGACCACAACAGCUGAGGAAACCGGCACCCCGACCGCCGACUCGGAGACGACAAAGGAGACGGCCACAGCAACGGACAAGAACACUGGUCCCAUCACCACGAACCUAAACACUGGCGGCCAGACGGAUUCGGACACGGCCACCAAGACUUCGGGAGGAAGCGACAAGUCGUCCGGCAGUGGCAAGACGACGGCUACGUCGCACAAGACUUUCAAUGCCCAGGAUCCCGCUGGAGGAGUCUCCAUGAUCACCCCCGCAACCGCAUCCCACACGCAAUUAUACCGGCUGGGCGACACCAUCACUUGGGUUUGGAACUACACUUCGUUGCAGGGCACGCCCACCGCUCUCGAUCUGCUAGUCUCGUGCAGCGCCGUCACCCAGAGCUGGACCCUGACACAGAACAUGAGCUACGAGGCGACAGGCAGCUUCACCUGGGACACCAACGGUUAUCAGGCGACGGCUGUAGAGCAACCUUUGCUCACCCAGGAAUAUACCAUGGUUCUAUACGAUGCCGACUCCUCCGUUUCCGCCACAGCCGAGGCCGGUUACUUGGGCGUCUUCAACCAGUUUACCUUUGGCCUGUACCAACCUCAAUCAUACAAGAACCUGACUGAGUGGAACUGCGUUACCUGUAGUGCUGCCAUGGGUGAUCUAGACCGACAAGCUCUGAGAUUCGCCUUCGGCAUGGCCACACUCACAGUGCUGAGCUUCACGUGGUUUGUUGCCGGUUUCGGCGCACUUGUAUAG